CGGAUAUUAGAUGGUAGCAAGGCCACUGAUCUUCUCGAACCUUACUCCUACCUCCGCUGGCCACUUUGUAAAGUAUACAUCGCUAUUCACGAAUAGUCACGACAACGCCCUCUCAAAACCAUGAGUGGAUGGGAUAUCACUCGUGUCAAGGCGCAACUCCGCCUGACGGCACAGCGGCUGGGUCAACUACGGGACAGAAAGGAUGCACAAGGGCAAGUUGUCGGCAGGGACAUAUCCAUCUUACUACAGCAAGGAAACGCGACACUGGCGCGUGCCAAGGCUCAAAAGUUGAUUCAGGACGAAAUCUAUGGAGACUUACUGGAGUUGUUGGAGAUGCAAAUUGGAGUGCUGCUUGAGCGAUUGAAUGAACUGGAGAACGACAUACCUCCAAGUCCAGUUAUUGUCGAAGCCGCAUCAACUAUCAUAUUUGCUGCUCCACACACGGACUUCAAAGACCUUCACGCUGUCCGUGAUCUUUUGGCUCAUCGCCUUGGAUCCGAUUUCACUCAUUCUGCUAUCACCAAUCGGGACAAUUAUGUUUCCUCCCAUGUUGUUCGCGCCUUAUCAGCUCCAUCUGCAUCAGCUGCAGACCUUGACAGUUAUCUCAUGAACGUUGCGCGGUCUUACGGCGUAGCAUGGACACCUGAAUUGCGGCCAGACGAUGUGUUGAACGCAAUCUCGGAGAUUCUCGAUAGGUCUGAUGCGACGCCUCUUGUCGACAUGCCUCGUCUACGCAAGGUCUGCGCUCAUGGCAUUCCUGCAUCUCCCUCUUGGCUGCGGCCUAGGACGUGGAGGUACGCUACCGGUAUUGAAAGCAUCAUGGGAUGGAGAGGCCCGGAAACAUCGAGACAGCUACUAUGUAUAACCCUUUACCCUGUCUAUGAUCUCAUUCGUCGCUUACUUGAACCCUUCUCCAGUCUAGCUCCGCCCACGACCCCAUUGAUUCCACUAGACGCGUCCUUAACAAACGCCGUCAAGGACUUAUUUCGCGUUCCACCUAAUCUCCUCUCAGGACUGCAAGAGGAGCCAGAAGUCUCGGCGUUGUGUCCUCUGGAUGAUACCGCACCUGAUGACAUCAGGAUUAGCUGCGCUGCGAACCUGGACGUGCGCUUGCAAGCGAUAUAUUCUCGUGAUGCCGACGAUGGCUCUCAGGGUAUACCGGAAAUUCGCCUAGAGUCUGAUACAGAAGUGAUUCCUGAGAUUUCGCUCACUUCACCUGACUCUGCGUCACGGCCAAAGCUUGGUACAUCAACGAUGUUACUUCCUUCGACAGCUUUCAAUACUGGUGGCGUGCACCCAAAGCAUGCUUCUGCUUUAAUCCGGCUUCUCUAUGUUCAUUCAUGUCUCAACCCCGCCAAUCAUUCGCCCCACAUGGCUUCCCUCCUUAUACCGCUCUACUUGGUUCUCACGCAAGAAGUGGAACCGUUGGAUUUGGCACAUGCUGAAGCUGAUACAUUUUGGCUAUUUGAGGCAAUGGUUGGAGAAUUCGCUGAACUGGAGGACGAGGAAGGAGGAAAUCAGUGGAUGAAAAAGUUUGGUGAACGACUCGCAUGGGCAGACCCGGACCUCUCCAUGGAUUUGGGCGCCAAGGGGCUCGACCCAGGUCUACCACACUAUUCUUAUCGAUGGCUAGCUCCAAUCCUCACUCAUACACUCCCACUAUCGUCUGUUCUCUCGAUCUGGGAUGCGCUGUUCUCUCGUCCCAUGACCACCCGGGAUGCUUGUCCAAAACUAGAAUACCUUCUUGACAUCUGCACAAGCAUGCUUAUUCGUGCCAAAGGCCCGUUGCUUCGUUUGGGGAAGUCUGGACGUCGUUCUCCUGGUCUGUGGACUGACGAGACCUCUUUACCACCUCCCUCACCAGUAAGAGCCUGGGAGCUGAACGACGCAUUCGUGGAAGGAAUGGCACUUCUACAGAUAUACUCAAUCGAGGCGGCAGGAGGCGUGGAGAGUGUCCUCCAAACAGCGGCCGAGCUUGCUCAGAGGCGAGAGCAAUUUCUUCGAAUGCCUGCAGUUCUCAAUGCCAGCCUAGGGUCUCGUUUGAGGGAUACCGUUUGGAAAGGUUUCACAAACCAGCUUUCCUCUCCUAACUCCUCUCCGGACACGUCUGAUUCUGACGAGGAACAAGAAAUUGAUGAUGGUGAUCAAACAGAAACCCCUCCUGCGGCCAGUGCACCGACAUCGUCUGGACUCACAUCGCGUUGGGCUAACGUUGUUUGGAGAGGCAUUACUAAUCAGGAGCCUCCACCUUCUCCGAUCUCUCCUUUAACGCCAGCCCCCGUCUCGCCGUCUUUGCCGUCGCCACACAGCGCGAGGUCCAGGGAUACCCUUGCUCCCCCCUCACCCGGGUCUCUUUGGAAUUAUGCCGACAAGUUCAAGGACUCGGAUACAGCUGCUACCUUGGCAAAAGUCGGUACUAAUUGGAGAGUUAAGGCCAUGCAAGCAUGGAGUAGCCGCGGAAAUUCCACCCAAUCUCCUAGUGAUUCGUUAUCAUUGCAGGCCGUGAACAAGCCGCGGAGUGGAUCAGUCAGUGAUGGAAGUCAUCAGAAGGGUGAUGAUGACAACCGCAGGAGCUCCUUGCCUGGACCCGAUCGCAAAGAGUCGUAUUCCCCACCGACUCGCCCCGCUUUCUUCCGUCCACCACGAGAUAGCUGGCUUCCGCAACCUCGACGGAGUCCGGUGUCUUCCCCUACCAAACCAGAUACUCCAUCGUCGGCGGCAGACAGCGCUGCGGUCAUAGCGAAGGGGAUGCGGGACUCUCUCGCGUCGUUCGCUGGUAUUCACACCACGCCCUCCCCAAAGCCUGAAGUCAAGAAGGGACCACGUCCGCUUCUACUGAGCACGUCUUCGUUAAUCACAGGGGGUACGAGCACUCCGCCGACCGUUCGUCCUCCCUCCGUGGCUAUCAGAGGCCACCAACGAGAUUGGUCGGAGGUAUUGCGCAGCAAGCCACACCUCAGUCACAGAGGUUCACAGUCCUCUCUUUCGUCAAUGUCCGAUGUAGCCGGCCGAUCCCGCGGUAUCGAACCUCGUUCAGAUCGAGAGUCAGACGCUACCGAAAGUAGAGUGGUGCCUCUCCAUCGAGCAUCCGUCUCGCCAAUGGCCCCGGCCUUUCGAACACACCGGGGACGCCCAACCUCGCCCACUUCUUCAUCUGACCGCGGCACGCUGAGCCCUUCCGCUGGGAUUGAACGAAUGGCAAGUCGCAGCCUCUCAGCAGUGCGAGAUCGUCCGGACGAUUCUGCUCGCAGAGGUUGGAGUAGAAGGGACAUUCCGGAUUCUCCUCAUACCAUUCCAGCCUCCCCACCGCCGCCAACACCUCCGUCGUCUCGAUUCUCUAGUGGUAUUGAAGUCACUGGUGCAGAAUCUCAGCGCGGGUCGAUGGUCCUCACUGAGUCGAAUGUUCGAGCUUUAGAGCCACCAGUGCACAUCAAGAAGAUUGUCCGCAAGAAAACUCCACCACCCAGUCUACAGCUGGAGGACACUUCUGACUCUUCAUUCGCACAAACGCCAUCUAGAAGUCCGCGUGCUCGUUCAAAGCGUAAUCCUGCUCGCGUCGCAAACUUGCGAAUCCAGAAAUCAGAUUCCAAUAUAAUGCUACACAACUCUCCUGACCUUAAACCCCCUAGUCCAAACACAUUGGCCCCACCCGAGUGGCCCGAAGAUCAUGAUAGUGCCAUGACACCGCGAGCAACAAUGUUUGACAUGGCACACGACAGUCAUGAUGGUCACCAAUCGUCGUCAGCGUCUCCCCCGUCGCCUCGAUCUCCGAAACGGGUAAGGAAAAUCUCAACAGAAGGAAAUAGCGAAGGUUACGUGCGGACUAGAAAAGUUUCGUCAGAAGGGCGGGUCCGCAAGGUCUCGAACGACAUCCAUGAGGGUCGUACGAAGAAGAUCUCCGCGGAUGGUCACCCUACCAGGACGCGCAAGGUUUCUACAGAGUCAAGGGAACCGAGGCGGACUACAGAAAGUGCGGCGGAGGAAGGUGAUGAUGAGGGGUACGAUGACCUGCUCAGCGCAUACGAAAGUGAGGAUAACGCAAAACCUUUUUAAUCACACAUUUCUCCCGCCAUGAUGCAUCGGUGUACUCGUACAGCAUUUACUACUCGUUUGAUACCCAUGUGCAGGACGCCAAGCGUCAAGCUCACUCUACUUUUGUCGUGCUCACAUCUGCUAUACGCUCGCUUUCGAUCUUUGUUUAUAGAUUUUGAGUGUCCUCAUU